AUGGUCCGUGGCGCUUUCUCCGCCGUCCUCGCGGCCGCAGCCCUUGCCGGCACUGCCUACGCUGGGGCAAAAUGCUCCAAGGACAGCAAAUGCCCAGAAGACACGCCAUGCUGCUCGCUGUACGGUGACUGCGGUGUUGGCGCUUUCUGCCUCGGCGGCUGCGACCCGCUCAUGUCGCACUCGUUCGACUCGUGCGUCCCUGGACCCGUCUGCAAGUCCGGCACAUACGCGCUCGACUCGCUCAGCAAUGUCCAGACUAUCGACAAGUACCUCGGCGACUCGUCCAAGAUCGACUGGCAGUCGCAGGGCAUGCCCGCCAUCUACAACGACCCUAGCAGCGGCAAGAAGUCGACGCUCUUGACCAUGGCGCAGGGCACAGUUGGUACCCUAAUGGCAUCAACACAUUACGUUUGGUACGGCAAGAUUUGCGCCAAGGCCACCACGGCUCAGGGCAAGGGUGUCGUGACAGCCUUCAUUCUCAUGUCUGACGUCAAAGACGAAAUUGACUUCGAGUGGGUCGGUGUUGACGCCGGGCACGUCCAGUCCAACUUCUACUCCCAGGGUGUCACAGUUUACACAAACGGCAAGAAUCUGACUGUACCUGGAGGCAACACAGUCCAGAACAUGCACGAAUACUGCAUCGACUGGAAGGAGGACUCCUUGACGUGGUCCAUUGACGGCAACGACCUGCGCACAUUGAAUCGAAAGGACACCUGGAACGGCACCUCCGGCCGCUUCGACUACCCCCAGACACCCGCCCGCAUCAUGCUCUCACUGUGGCCCGCUGGUCUGCCAACGAACGAGAAGGGUACCAUUGACUGGGCUGGUGGUGAGAUUGACUGGAACAGCCCCUACAUGCAGAACGGCUACUACUACGCCCGCUUUCAGGAGGUCACUGUCGACUGCUACGACGCGCCACAGGGCAUCAAGAGCCCCGGCUCCAAGGUCUACAAGUACACCGACUACGCUGGUACCAACAACACCGUUGAGAUCAGCAACGACGCUGUCAUUCUCGGGUCUCUUAUGGGUACUGGAGAGAAUCCUGGUGAGGCCAUCAAGUCCAACGACCCUAAGGCUACACAAACAGCUAUUGCAAACGUUCCUGGUGGCAACCCUGGAGGUGGCAACCGCGCCGAGGAGACCAGCACACAGGCGGCUGCUACUCAAUCCGGGAGCGGCGCACAGGCAACGGGAGGCAGCUCAGGCGGCUCGACCGAUUCUGGCAGCGGCAACGGCGGUCAGGAUUUUGUCCAGGGCGGUUCCUCAACCGGAGCUCAACAAAGCACUGGCGCCGCCGCCGGUAUCGAGCCCAAGCUCGUCGGCUCGGUUCUCGCCGUUGUCGGUGCUGUUGCUGGUCUUGCUUUCACCCUGUAA